CGACUUUUGCAUACUCAAGCAGUUUGAAGCCAUCGGCAUCACUGCGCGACGACCUGACACGACUGGCCCUCCCGUAUCGACGUGUCAUUGCGCGUGUAUCCUGUUGCUUUCUUACGGACACGCCUAUUCGAGUCCGCGGUCCUAACGAUAUCGCGAUUGGGGAAGCAGCACCAGCUGCCGUGAUUAGAUCACCACCCCCAUCGCUACGACCAUCUACCUCUUCGCCGAUAGACACAUAACAUCGUCAACAUGUCUGCACUACCGCCUCCUCCUCCAGGAUGGGACGCCCCUCCCCCGCCACCACCUCCUGGAGCAGCUCCUCCCGGCGCCCUCGCCCCUCCCCCGCCUGGCUACAAACCUCAAGCCGACCCUCAAAUCGCAAAGUUUGCCGACAAGAAGCAGAAAUGGUUGCGCAUGCAGAGACAGCGCUUUGGAGAAAAGAGACGUGGAGGCUUUGUCGAGACACAGAAGGCUGACAUGCCACCGGAGCAUUUGCGAAAGAUUGUCAAGGACAUUGGUGACGUCUCUCAGAAGAAGUUCAGUUCGGACAAGAGAAGCUACCUGGGUGCUCUCAAGUUCAUGCCUCAUGCUGUCUUGAAGCUUCUGGAGAACAUGCCCAUGCCCUGGGAGAGUGUGCGCGAAGUCAAGGUUCUUUACCACGUCAACGGAUGCUUGACAUUGGUCAACGAGAUCCCUCGUGUCAUCGAGCCAGUCUUCCAUGCACAAUGGGCUUCCAUGUGGGUCGCCAUGAGGAGAGAGAAGAGUGACAGAAGGCACUUCAAGCGUAUGCGCUUCCCUCCCUUCGAUGACGAGGAGCCGCCACUCUCAUGGUCCGAGAACAUCGAGGAUGUCGAGCCGCUCGAGCCCAUUCAGCUGGAACUGGACGAGGACGAUGAUGCCGCCAUCUACGAGUGGUUCUAUGACCCUCGCCCUCUCUUGGAUACAUCGCAUGUCAGCGGACCUGGAUACAAGAAGUGGAAUCUGUCACUACCGCAAAUGGCUGCUCUGCACCGUAUGAGCACUCCUUUGCUCAGCGAUUUGGUCGACAAGAACUACUUCCACCUCUUCGAUCUGCCUAGUUUCCAAACUGCAAAGGCCCUUAACGUUGCCAUUCCCGGUGGUCCCCGCUUCGAGCCCCUGUACAAGGACAUCGACCCGAACGACGAGGACUUUGGCGAAUUCAACGCCAUCGACCGUAUUAUUUUCCGUGCUCCUAUCAAGACCGAAUAUCGUGUCGACUUCCCUUUCCUUUACAAUUCUCUACCUCGUAGCGUGAAGCUCAGCACAUACUCACACCCUCAGACUGUUUACCAAAGGACGACAGACCCCAGUCUUCCUGCCUUCUAUUUCGACCCUGUCAUCAACCCUAUCUCUUCUAGAGCUGUCGCUCCCAAGAACUUGACCAUUAGCCAUGAGGAUGAGAUAUUCGGCCCUGGAAACAAUGAGGAUGAUGACUUCGAGAUGCCUGGUGAGAUCGAGCCAUUCAUGGCCGACGAGGAGCUCUACAACGACGAGACCGCUGCCGCAAUCCAGCUCUGGUGGGCACCGUACCCCUUCGAUCGUCGUUCAGGAAAGAUGGUCCGCGCCGAAGACGUCCCCCUCGUCAAGCAGUGGUACCUUGAGCACGUUCCUGGCGGUCAGCCUGUCAAGGUCCGAGUCUCUUACCAGAAGCUGUUGAAGAGUUACGUUCUCAACGAGUUGCACAAGAAGCCCCCGAAGGCUCAGAACAGGCAAAACUUGAUGAGCACUCUCAAGCAGACAAAGUUCUUCCAGCAGACCACCAUUGAUUGGGUUGAGGCAGGUCUUCAAGUCUGCAGACAGGGUUUCAACAUGCUCAACUUGUUGAUUCACCGCAAGAACUUGACUUACCUCCAUCUUGAUUACAACUUCAACUUGAAGCCCAUCAAGACCUUGACUACCAAGGAGCGCAAGAAGUCGCGCUUCGGUAACGCUUUCCAUUUGAUGCGUGAAAUCCUUCGCCUUACGAAGCUCAUCGUCGAUGCUCAGGUACAGUACAGACUAGGUAACAUUGAUGCCUUUCAGCUUGCCGAUGGUAUCUUGUAUGCUUUCAACCACGUUGGUCAGCUCACUGGUAUGUACCGUUACAAGUACAAGCUUAUGCACCAGAUUCGUACUUGCAAGGACUUGAAGCAUUUGAUCUACUACAGAUUCAACUCUGGACCUGUUGGUAAGGGUCCUGGUUGUGGUUUCUGGGCUCCCGCCUGGAGAGUCUGGCUCUUCUUCAUGAGAGGUAUCAUUCCCCUCCUUGAGCGCUGGUUGGGUAACCUUCUCUCGAGACAGUUCGAGGGUCGUCACAGCAAGGGUGUCGCGAAGACAGUCACCAAGCAGAGAGUCGAGUCUCACUUCGAUCUCGAGUUGCGUGCCUCGGUCAUGGCUGACUUGAUGGACAUGAUGCCCGAGGGUAUCAAGCAGAACAAGGUCAAUCUUGUCCUCUCACAUUUGUCAGAGGCAUGGAGAUGUUGGAAGUCCAACAUUCCUUGGAAGGUUCCUGGUCUCCCUGCACCUAUUGAGAACAUCAUUCUGCGUUACGUCAAGAGUAAGGCUGAUUGGUGGAUCUCUGUCGCCCACUACAACCGUGAGCGUAUCCGAAGAGGUGCUACUGUUGACAAGACUGUUGCCAAGAAGAACCUUGGUCGUCUUACUCGUCUGUGGUUGAAGGCUGAGCAGGAACGCCAGCACAACUACAUGAAGGAUGGUCCCUACGUCUCAUCCGAAGAAGCCGUCGCCAUCUAUACGACUACUGUCCACUGGCUCGAGUCAAGAAAGUUCCAGCCUAUCCCCUUUCCCAGUGUUUCUUACAAGCACGACACCAAGAUCCUCAUCUUGGCUCUCGAACGUCUUCGCGAGGCAUACUCGGUCAAGGGCCGUCUGAAUCAGAGUCAGCGUGAGGAGUUGGCACUCAUCGAGCAAGCCUACGACUCGCCCGGAACCACCCUCGCACGUAUCAAGCGUUUCUUGCUUACACAGCGUGCUUUCAAGGAGGUUGGUAUUGAUAUGAACGACAACUACUCGACCAUCAACCCUGUCUACGACAUCGAACCUAUCGAGAAGAUCACCGAUGCCUACCUUGAUCAAUACUUGUGGUACCAGGCUGAUCAGAGACAUCUCUUCCCUGCGUGGAUCAAGCCUUCAGAUUCUGAGGUGCCUCCGCUUCUUACCUACAAGUGGGCACAGGGUAUCAACAACCUCGACAAGGUCUGGGAGACUGCUGAUGGAGAGUGUAACGUCAUGAUCGAGACUCAACUUUCCAAGGUCUACGAGAAGAUCGACUUGACCCUGCUCAACCGCCUUCUUCGUCUGAUCAUGGACCACAACUUGGCAGAUUACAUCUCGUCCAAGAACAACGUCCAGCUCAACUACAAGGAUAUGAACCACACCAACAGUUACGGUAUGAUCCGUGGCCUCCAAUUCUCUGCAUUUGUCUUCCAGUACUACGGCUUGGUCAUUGAUCUGUUGUUGCUUGGUCUGCAACGCGCUAGUGAAUUGGCCGGACCCGUCAACGCUCCCAAUGAUUUCUUACAAUUCAGAGACCGUGCUGCCGAAACUAGACAUCCGAUCCGUCUCUACACAAGAUAUGUCGACAGAAUCUGGGUCUUCUUCCGUUUCACCGCAGACGAGUCUCGCGACCUGAUCCAACGUUUCUUGACCGAGCAGCCCGACCCGAACUUCGAGAAUGUCAUUGGCUACAAGAACAAGAAGUGCUGGCCCCGUGACUCUCGUAUGAGGCUGAUGCGCCACGAUGUCAACCUUGGUAGAGCCGUCUUCUGGGACAUGAAGAACCGUCUACCAAGAUCGGUCACUACGAUUGAAUGGGAUGACACCUUCGCCUCCGUAUACAGCAGAGACAACCCUAACUUGCUCUUCUCCAUGUGUGGUUUCGAAGUCCGCAUCUUGCCCAAGAUGCGCAACCAGAACGAAGAGUUCCCCACAAAGGACAGUGUCUGGUCUCUUGUCGAUAACUCUACCAAGGAGAGAACGGCUCAUGCCUUCCUGCAAGUCACCGAAGAGGAUAUUGCUAAGUUCAACAACCGUAUUCGACAAAUUUUGAUGUCUUCUGGAUCUACUACAUUCACGAAGAUCGCCAACAAGUGGAACACGGCAUUGAUUGCAUUGUUCACCUACUACCGUGAGGCUGCUGUCAGCACAGUCAGCUUGCUAGAUACCAUCGUCAAGUGUGAGACCAAGAUUCAGACUCGUGUUAAGAUUGGUCUCAACUCGAAGAUGCCCAGUCGUUUCCCACCUGCUGUCUUCUAUACCCCUAAGGAGCUUGGUGGUUUGGGUAUGAUUUCGGGUAGUCACAUCUUGAUCCCUGCCAGUGACAAGCGUUGGUCAAAGCAGACAGACACUGGUGUUACCCACUACCGUGCUGGUAUGUCUCACGAUGAAGAGACUCUCAUUCCCAACAUCUUCCGUUACAUCAUCCCAUGGGAGGCCGAGUUUGUCGACUCGCAGCGUGUCUGGACCGAAUACUCGCAAAAGCGCCUCGAGGCUCAGCAGCAAAACCGCCGUCUCACUCUCGAAGAUCUUGAGGACAGUUGGGACCGUGGUCUUCCUCGUAUCAACACACUCUUCCAGAAGGACAGAAGUACAUUGAGUUUCGACAAGGGCUUCCGAGCUCGCACUGAAUUCAAGAUCUACCAGCAGAUGAAGAGCAACCCCUUCUGGUGGACCUCCCAGCGUCACGAUGGUAAACUAUGGAAUUUGAAUGCAUACAGAACCGAUGUUAUCCAGGCUCUUGGUGGUGUCGAGACCAUUCUUGAGCACACUCUGUUCAAGGCAACUGCUUUCCCUUCCUGGGAAGGUCUCUUCUGGGAACGUGCCAGUGGUUUCGAGGAAUCCAUGAAGUUCAAGAAGUUGACAAACGCUCAACGUUCCGGUUUGAACCAAAUUCCUAACCGUCGCUUCACUUUGUGGUGGUCACCAACAAUCAACCGCGCCAACGUAUACGUCGGUUUCCAGGUCCAACUUGACUUGACUGGUAUUUUCUUGCACGGCAAGAUUCCCACUCUCAAGAUUUCGCUUAUUCAGAUCUUCCGUGCCCAUUUGUGGCAGAAGAUCCACGAAUCAGUGGUCAUGGAUUUGUGUCAGGUCUUCGAUCAAGAGCUUGAGGCUCUUGGCAUCGAGACUGUUCAGAAGGAGACCAUCCAUCCCAGAAAGAGUUACAAGAUGAACUCUUCUUGUGCUGAUAUCCUCCUGUUCGCCUCCCACAAGUGGAGUGUAAGCACACCCAGCUUGUUGUACGACACCAAGGACAACAUGGGUCAGACUACCACCAACAAGUUCUGGGUCGAUGUCCAGCUUCGUUACGGUGAUUACGAUUCUCAUGACAUUGAGCGUUAUGUCCGUGCCAAAUACCUCGACUACACCUCCGACAGCAUGAGUAUCUACCCAUCAGCCACUGGCUUGAUGAUUGGUAUCGACCUUGCUUACAAUUUGUACUCGGCAUACGGUCAAUACUUCCCUGGUCUCAAGCAGCUUGUACAACAGGCUAUGGCCAAGGUCAUGAAGGCUAACCCUGCUCUGUAUGUUCUUCGUGAGCGUAUUCGCAAGGGUCUUCAGCUCUACGCAUCUGAGAGUAACCAGGAGUUCCUCAACUCUCAGAACUACUCUGAGCUGUUCAGCAACCAGAUCCAGCUCUUCAUUGAUGACACUAACGUUUACCGUGUCACCAUUCACAAGACGUUCGAAGGUAAUUUGACCACCAAGCCCAUCAACGGUGCCAUUUUCAUCUUCAACCCUAGAACUGGUCAGUUGUUCUUGAAGAUCAUUCAUACCAGUGUCUGGGCAGGACAAAAGCGUCUUGGUCAAUUGGCGAAAUGGAAGACGGCAGAAGAAGUCGCCGCGCUGAUCCGUUCGUUGCCCGUUGAGGAACAGCCCAAGCAGCUGAUUGUUACCAGAAAGGGUCUGCUUGAUCCUCUCGAAGUUCACUUGCUUGACUUCCCCAACAUCUCGAUCCGCGCUUCUGAGCUGCAGCUACCUUUCCAGGCUGCGAUGAAGGUUGAGAAGCUUGGAGACAUGAUCUUGCGUGCUACUGAGCCGCAGAUGGUGCUCUUCAACUUGUAUGAUGAGUGGCUCAAGUCCAUCUCUUCUUACACCGCCUUCUCGCGUCUAAUCUUGAUCCUGCGUGCUCUUCACGUCAAUCAAGACAAGACUAAGCUGCUGCUUCGCCCCGACAAGACCGUCAUCACUCAAGAACAUCAUAUCUGGCCUACGCUGUCCGACGAUGACUGGAUCAAGGUUGAAACGCAACUCAGAGAUUUGAUUUUAAAUGACUACGGCAAGAAGAACAAUGUCAACGUCUCUUCUCUGACACAGAGUGAAGUCAGAGAUAUCAUUCUGGGUAUGGAGAUCAGUGCACCCAGUAUGCAGAGACAACAGGCUGCCGAAAUUGAGAAGCAGCAGGAAGAGCAGGCUCAGCUCACUGCUGUUACAACCAAGACGCAGAACGUGAACGGUGAAGACAUUGUCGUCACCACCACGUCUCAAUUCGAGCAGCAGACCUUCGCCUCCAAGACCGAGUGGAGAACACGUGCGAUCGCCACGUCCAACCUCCGCACUCGCGCCAACAACAUUUACAUCUCGUCUGAGGAUAUUCGCGAUGAUGAGGAGCACUUCACCUACAUCAUGCCUAAGAACAUCCUUAAGCGCUUCAUCACGAUUGCCGAUCUUCGUGUCCAAGUUGCCGGCUACCUCUACGGUACAUCGCCGCCGGACAACAAGCAGAUCAAGGAAGUCAAGGCCAUCGUCAUGGUGCCGCAAGUUGGUAACACUCGUGACAUCCAGCUUCCUCGCAACUUGCCCGAGAACGAUUAUCUCAACUCCCUUGAGCCUCUUGGAUGGAUCCACACCACCGCUGGUAACGAGACCAGCUACAUGACUGCACAAGACGUCACCCAGCACGCUCGCCUCAUGAACCAGCACGACACAUGGGACAAGAAGACUGUCACCAUGACCGUCUCCUUCACUCCUGGUUCCGUCUCGCUGUCAGCAUGGUCUCUCACGCCCUCAGGCUACACCUGGGGUGCUGAGAACAAGGACAUGUCCAGCGACCAGCCCUCCGGCUUCAACCCUGGCGCCGGCUUUGGUGAGAAGUCACAGCUUCUUCUCUCUGACCGUAUCAGAGGAAUGUUCUUCGUCCCUGAUGACGAGAGAUGGAACUGGUCGUUUAUGGGCUCAGGCUUCGGCGACAAGGAGAAGGGUCGUAUCUACGUCGAUGUCGGUGUGCCCAAGAGAUUCUACGAUGACGUGCACAGACCUGUUCACUUCCAGAACUUUGCCGAAUUGGAAGAUGUCUGGGUUGACAGAUCUGAUAACUUGGCUUAAGGAAACGAGGAGGCAAGGAGAAAAGGGAUGAAGCUUUACGGGUUCUGGGUGUUCUUUUUUUUUUCUCUCGGUAUUCUCAUAGGGAUGAAACACUAGCAUGGCGUUAUUGAUCUUGUAAUCAUGAAGA